AUUAUCGCAAGCACAUGGUCUCUUUGUAGACUUAGAAAAGACGUGCUCCUGCCGAAACAGUUUAUCGAACAUUUAAGUCUAUUUUAAGUACUUUUAAGCAAAAUGAAAGGUAAUAAGAAGAAAGGAAAGAAUAACUCGCUUGUACAACAGGCAUCUACUCCUCAGGCCAAGAAAAACGCAAAAGGGCUUGUUAAGCAAAAUAAAACACCCAAAUCAGAGCCCCAACCAAAAAGGAAAAAGUUAAUGCAAGAAAUUGAUGAAGAGUUGAGUGAUAAUGAUUUCGAACUUUUAAUCCAACAAUUGCGACAAAACGAAGCUAAAAGAGCUGCAAAAAAAAAGAAAGGGGAGAAAGUGUCGGAAUCUGAAGAAUCAGAUGAAGAGGGAUUAGAUGUAGAUGAUAGUGAUAAUCCUGAGAUUGGAUCAGAUGAUUUAGAUAGUGAUGAUUUAAUGGACGAAGACUUUGAUGAAGACAGUGACGAUGAGUUAAGUGAUGAUGAUGAUAGUGUUGACGACGAUGACGAAGAUGAAGAAACAUCACCACCUCCAAAGAAGAAGGCAAAUAAAAAUGACAUAAAGGGAGCUAAACAAGCUGAAAAGAAGAAACUUGAGAAUAAUAAAGGGAAGAAGGAUGUAAAGCAAGAACAAAAAAAGAAUGGAAAAGAACUUAAAACUAAAGCUCAAGUGAGUAAGAAUGUCAAAGAAGCGAAAGUUAAGGUCCAAGAUAAAAAGAAUGCCAAUGAAGUGAAAUCUAAAGUUCAGGAGAAAAAAAAUAGUAAUGAGCAAGGUAAAGGUAAAGGAAAGAAAUCUACUGAAGCAGUUGAAACAGUAAAGGAGCAAGUAAAAAAUGCUGCAAAGUCUCUAAAAAAUGCUGAUAAAAAAGCUGCAGAGGACCAAAAUGACAGAACUUUAUUUGUAAAGAAUCUUCCAAGGAAGGUCACAGACAGUGUUCUUAAAAGUCUUCACCCUGGCAUCGUUAAUGUCCGUCUAAGAUUACAAAUGAAAAAGAAGUCAUGCUAUGCUUUCUUAGAAUUUAAAAACAAAGCAAAUGUUGAAGAGGCAUUUAAAAGUUUAAAAACGAAAGUACUUGAUGGAAAAACUUUAUAUGUUGAUUAUUGCAAUAAUAAGAGUCAAAAACCAGGAAAAACAAAUAAGCAAAAUAUGGCUGUAGAUCCUUUAAAGUUGUAUGUAACGGGAUUCGACAAAAGUACAUCUGAGCAAGACUUAAAGUCUCUUUUCCCAAAAUCUCAUAGAAUUGAUAUACCUAAGAACAAACAAGGAAAGAUAUUGGGAAUGGCCUUUAUACAUUUCAAAACUGAAGCUGAUGCCAAACAACAGCAUGAUUCAGCACAAGGAAAAACUUACAAGGAAAGACAAUUAAUUGUACUAUAUGCUAGAGCCACUAAGAGAAAAGCUGAAACCCAACCUGAUUCACCAACGAAAGAGAAAAAGAAGAAACUCUCAAAGAAAGUAGUUGAAGAGGAAGAUAUUGAAGAUGAUGAUGAUGACGAUGACGAUGAGGAUGACGAUGAGGAUGACGAGGAAGAUGACGAGGAAGAUGACGAGGAUGAUGACGAGGAUGAUGACGAGGACGACGAUGACGAUGAAUCCUUAAUUGACGAUGAAGCUGAUGAGGAUGAUGAUAGCGAGGAUGAUGAUGAUGAUGACGAUAUUGAUGCACAAGAAAUAAUGGGUCAGGUUGAUGAAUUAGGAUCUAGUGAUAGUGAAUAAAACCUAUGUUUUAGGUAACAUUUCUCAAUCUUUUAUUUUCUGUUGGGAUACAUAUUUUAUGUACCUUUAUCGUUUUUUUGUUUGAUAAAAGUGACUAAUAAUAUAGUGUACAAUAAAGCAGAUUUGU